GAAAACGGCGCCAUGACUUCAAAUUUCCAUUCCGUUAAAAUUUAACUACACUUCUUAAACCCUAGAAAAUCCCCUUUCUCACUUUCUCUGCCCAAUUAUGGGGUUCUUCGACCUCAACAUCCCGUAUGAGGCCUCCAAUUCCUCAAAAGACACGCGCGAAAAGAUAGUAAGAAAAACCAUGGAGCUAGGCUAUACUGGAAUCGCUUACAAUCGCACGAUCAAGGGCGUGAUGUCCGAUCGGGACAGUUGCUCUAUUUCGCCUUUCUCUUUUAAUACUCUCUUAAAUGUUCCUCCUUCACUUGCAUACAACAUCUUCUCCGUUAAUUUUCACCGCGACCUUCUCGGUAUUCCACGCUCCUCACCUUUUCGUCAGUACACGCGCUUGACUGUCUGUGUUGAUAGUCCCGCUCAGUGUCAGGCGCUUAAUGGUGGCAAUCCAAUUUUGAAGAGUUAUGAUUUGAUUGCUGUUAGGCCUCUUAAUCAGAGCGCUUUUGAUAUUGCUUGUGAGAAAUUAGAGGUCGAUAUAAUUGCUAUUGAUUUCUCAAAGAAGUUGCCAUUUAGAUUGAAGCUGCCAAUGGUUAAAGCUGCUAUGGAACGUGGGGUUUACUUUGAAAUUACAUACUCUGAUCUUAUUGUGAGUGUUGAAAUCAGAAGCCAAAUGAUAUCAAAUGCUAAGUUACUGGUGGAUUGGACUCGAGGAAGGAAUCUUAUUUUAUCAAGUGCGGCUCCUUCUGUGUAUGAAAUUAGAGGGCCAUAUGAUGUCAUGAAUUUAACAUCUUUGCUUGGGCUCUCUGUUGAACGAGCUAAAGCAGCUCUUUCCAAGAACUGUAGGAAUCUUAUAGUUAAUGCUUUAAAGAAAAAGCACUUCUACAAGGAAGCUAUUAGGGUUGAACUAAUAUCAUCUGAUGAAAAAUCUGACUCCAAGGGACCUUUAUCUGCAGCCUGGCUUAAAUGGGAUCCCAUCUCUAGUGGUGAAGGGGAUUUGCAGCUAGAGGAUAUAGAAAAGUCUUUCACUGCCACCACUAGAGUAUCCAAUUCUGUUAAACCCAUUGAUUUUGUUUCAAUUAUUAACAGCAUCCCAUCUCAUGGUGGAAAUUUUUUGACUGCUGCUAAGACAGUUGAGGUACCUGCUAAUGAGGCAGCUGAGAUGCCAUUUAUGGCAACUGGAGUGUCUGAAAAACUUGGCAGCAAUUCUCCGUCAAAGAGUAAGGCUUUUGAUCGUGGAACCUCCCAAGAGUUACUUGUGCCUAGUGAUGAUUCAAAAACCUCAAUUAAUUCGGAGGAUAUUAGAUUCCCUACAAACAACACUGAUGAAGUGCCAAAAAAUUUGAACAACUCAAAUGCAUUGCUUCCCCCUAUUUUAACUCCAAAGCAUGAUUUGCAAUCACAAAAGAACAUCAUUAGUUGUGAAUUAAACACUGUGAUGCCAAAUGAGGAUGUAAUGCGUCAGACACCUUUAGAAAUUGGGUUAGCAACUAUUUGUGCUGCUGAUAAUGAAAUGGAAAAUAUUUCUGAGAACAGAGACUUUCUUUCUCUUCAUGUCGAAAAGUCUAGGAGUUCACAAGGUUCCGAUGCAGUUUUAGGAGCACAAAAUGUUGUGAUGGGCAAAAACAUGUCAGAGAUGAGUGUGAGAGAUCAGGAAGGUACAUCUGUAACUGAAAAUAUAUUGGGUAGAGAAGAACUCAUGGAAUCAGCUGAUGAUAUGAUAAUAUUUGACGGCAAUGUUCCUUUUCUGUUUACCUCUGGUGAUAUGAAAGUUAAAGAUAGCAAGGAGACUAUGAAGGAGGCAGCAAUGGAAGAGCAAGAGCAUGGAGAUGUAAAUCUCGAGACAUGCAAGGAGGUGGCAGUGGAAGAGCAAGAGCAUGGAGAUGUAAAUCUCGAGACUUGCAAGGAGGUGGCAGUGGAAGAGCAAGAGCAUCGGGAUGCAGACCUAGAUACCCCCAAGGAGGUGGCACUGGAAGAGCAAGAGCAUGGAGAUGUGGAUAUUCAAGGUGUUCUUGGUCAGGACAGUGGUUUUGAUGUUAAACGUAGUUCUUCAGGUGCAAAUUUUAUGCUCUUGCAGGAGGUGCCAAUAGAGGAACAAAAGCAUGAAGAAGCUGAUUCUGAAAGUAAUUGUCCAACUUUGGUCUCAUCCUUAUCAGGGAAAAACAAUGGAAAGCACAGAGCAACUCGUCAACCUCUUUUAUUUCCUCUGAAGCGUUUAUUGAAUCCCAUCUCUUUCAAAAAGAAAUCUAAGAAGUUUAGACAUAAGAGGAAGGUGUGACAAAGUUUGGUUUUCUCCCUCCAAAAUUUUUAGUCUUGGUUGGCUGUAUAAAAUGUAAAGCGAGUGCGCUUUAAUGCUAAUUGGAAGAAUUCCAUUAUUCACCCAUCAUUCAUGUCGAUUGGUGGUGAAAUUUUUGUCAACAGAUUUUUCAGAUUCAUCUGCAUUUGAAAUUUUGGUCCCCAUUAUCAAA